AUGGCGCGGAGAAGGGGAGCGGCGCCGUGGCCGCGCGCGCUGCUGGUGGCGACCCUGCUGGCGGCCCACCUGUGGAGCGCGCUGCUGGCCCUGACGAUAAACAAAGAAGACAGCUUUCUGGGCAAACGUGCAAAUGACGACGAGGUGAGGAUAUCCACAGUGGUAUUCAACAUGAGCGACGAAAAAAUGUACCUCAGUGAAGAGCACUUUGAAAAUCUGAGAGCGUUGCAAAACAUGCUAGUGGUCUGUUUCAAGUCCACCGAAAAGAAGGUAAUUCUAAAAGACUUAGGGAUAGAUAGUGUGAAGUCCCUUUUUUAUGAAAAUUUUAAAAAGGAGGUCUACGAAAAUAUAAAGCUAUUUUUUAAAUUUGUAAAAGACAAUUUUUCAUACCUUGCGAAAAGGCUAAAGGAGGAAAAAAAAAAAAACAACCUAACGGAUGAGCAGUACCUCUCAGAUGAUAAGCUGUUGGACCUACUGGAAGACGUAAUCAGCUACGACAUAGAAAAAAACGCAUCCUAUUUUGAAAAGCUAGUUCAAUUUAUAACCCUCCGAAAAUGCUUUACAAUCAAUUUCUCCUUAAACCUGGAGAGUACAGGCGCCCCUAUCAUCCUCAUGACAGAAAUUGAUACCCAAAAAAACCACGUGCAUUUUAAAGUGAAUAAUAACCUAUCCGAAGGGGAGGAACAACAAAUAAUAUACACGAAAAAGGAUGACGAAUCACAGAAGGAUAAGGUACCCUUUUUACAAAGCAUCAUCAACCCGCUGAAGACAAACAGCCUUGUUAUGAAAAUGGCCAAACGGAUGACUUGGCCGGUUAGCUACUUCCGAAAUUUAUGUACGAAGCAUAAUUUUCAAGUAGCCUCAGAAAAUUGGGUAGAAUUUUUCUACAACCAUAAUGAGACCCUAUGUCAUGUGGAAACUUGUGGGUCAGGGGAUUGUCUCUUUUUAUCUCUGCAAUAUUUAUUAGACAAAAAUGGAGUGCGAACUAGUAGUGUGAUCCCCAAUGUGAGCGUCCCGGAGAGCUCCUUCGUCCCUUGGUAUGUAAGAAACGUAAAACAAACGGAUGAUCCCAAGUUUAAUGUUAGUGAUUUGAGGUACCUCAGCACUUUUUAUUUUAUUAAAUUUUUUCCUGGAUACACGGAAGACUACGAAAUAGACGAGCAAUUUAUAAACGAAAAAUUUAACCUUCUCAUUAACCUAGAAUUUACCAAUUACUACCUGAAGAAGGAUUACCUCUACAAGGUGAUGAAGGGGAAUAAAGACGACUCGAAGAACAACAAGUCCGUUUUGAUUCUCAUUUCGAAUUACAUGAACAAGUACCUCUUCUUCGGCGGGCGGCCCCCCAUCGCCAACUCGGAGGAGGCCGCCGCUGAUUGCACCAACGGCGCCUGCAAGAAGGGGAGCGCGGAUGGAGGUGCAAGCGGGGGUGGAAGUGGAAGUGCAAGCGGAAGUGUAAGCGGAAGUGCGAGCGGAAGUGGAGACCGAAGUGCAAGCGGAAGUGGAGGCACAAGCGAAAAUGGAAGUGCAAGCGGAAAUGGAGGUGCAAGCACAAACGGAAAGGGAAGCGCAAAUGCAAGUGGGUACGGAGGGGGAGGCCCAAACGCGCUGAGCAACGACAAACGGGGCGGGGGGCCCAUCGGAGACGGAGACGACAAGGGCAACGCCCCAAAAGGCAACCAAAACAGUAACAAAGGCAGAAGCGAUACCAGCGGGGGGAGCAAGAAGAGCUCCAGACCAGCCAUCAGACGCAGCGGCAGCACGAACAGCAUGGGCAACUUCAGAAACGCUGGCGGUAGGUCCAUAGCCUUCGGCCAAAGUGGCAGCAUGGGAAGCGGCAAAGCGAGCAGUGGGCUCGGCAGACGCAAGAACAAAAGUACCAACGAUUUUCAAAGCGUCAUGCAGGAUAGCUCUCCUCCCCUAAGUCGCUAUCGCAGUGAUCGCAACUUAAAUUUGAUAGACCAACGACGGAAGGGGUCCACGAGCAGUAGCGGUGACAGCGCCGGCAUGAGCGAGGCCAAGUCAACCGACUCGCUUCUCUCAGAGGAAGAUAAUGUGGUGCAGCUCCAGAAGGUGGAAGAUGCCAAGGAGGGGAAAAAAGCCGGAAAGGACAUGCACUUCCGAGUGACCUACGGGCCCAGCCGCUCCCCCGCGAGCUCCGUCACGGCGAAGAACGAGACCAUCACCAUCUCGCUCAGGAGCGACGGUAGCGGCAGCGGCAGCGGCCGUAGAGACAGUGUCAGCAGCGGGCAUAGCGUCGGUAGCAGCAGCGGUCGCAGAGACAGUACCAGCAGCGGGCAUAGCGUCGGUAGCAGCAGCGGUCGCAGAGACAGUACCAGCAGCAUCAAUAGCGUCGGCAGUAGGAGCGGCCAUAGUAGCGGCCACGGCAGCGGGCAAGGCGAGCGGGGAAGGAGGCCCACCGUGCUGAGGAACCCAUCCCUCCCAAUUGCGUCCCGAGUCACGGGCUACCCCCCCCCGAAUGUCGUGGACGGAAGUACGCUGAAAUACACAGACAAGAAGAAAAACGUGGAGGCGCCAAACGCAGCACCCACUGCAUCCGCAGUAUCUGCGAAGGAUGAGUACGAACACGUAGUGGUGCCCCACUCAUCAGACGGCGCAAACAGCAAAGCCCUGGACAUUGUGAGACCCAAAAGGUACUUGACCAACCAAGGGGUCCUAUACAGCCACUCUAGGAGUAGCCCCAAACAGUCCGACAUGCGUUUGGCGCUGAUUGAAAGCGAAAAAAAAAACCGCCUGCAGAGUAGGUCCAUAACGGGAUCGACGGAAUCGGUAGCGUCGACGGAUUCGGUAGGAUCGGUGGGAUCGCUAGGAUCAGUAGGAUCGGUGGGGUCGUUAGGAUCGGUGGGGUCGUUAGGAUCGGUGGGGUCGUUAGGAUCGGUAGGAUCGUUAGCAUCCACAGAAUCGUUAGCAUCCACUGAUGCCACGGAAGAGAACGAAAAUGGCAACCAAAAUGGCAACGAUAAUGACGAUAACGGGGAGGAGGAGACGGAGGAAGCGGAUGAGGCGGAGGGGGCGAACAAAAUGGACGGCGCAGACCCAAACAAUGCGGCGACCGAAUACGACGAAAUACUGGAAGAAGUGCACGAGUCAGGCUACAGAAUCUACGAGCUUAUCUUCUUCAAACUAGUGUCCCUGUCGGCCAACAAAAUGACCUAUGAUGAUCUAAAGAAGGUUAAAAGGAAAAACAUGCACAAAUUAAUCGGCGCAAAUCUCAAGUCCAAAGUAAUCGGCUCGCACGUUUUCAUGAAGCAAAUAACGCAGGGGACCAUUCUUCCAUUUUUUAACUAUGUCAACAUAAAGAACAAAUUAAAUAAUGUAAACCGAAAGGCGAAUUAUGCCAAUCCAGAUCUCUACGUCAUUAUCAUGAGGACUACCUUCAACAAAAAAAUUAAAAGACCAAAGGAUGGGCUAGUCACCAAGAGUCUAAUAUUCAAACACAAUGGAGACAGCAUAUCGUACUGGUCUAUUAAAAAUAAUAAUUACCAUUUCACUUGCGAUAAUAAAGUUAUUGAAACGAAAACAAUUGAAGAAAAGGCUUCUGCCUUCUUCUACGAGAGGACAAGGACAGGACACAUCCACUGGGGGGAUGAGACUGACUAUGAGGGCUUCCAGAAAAUGUUUAACAUUGGCUUAAUUACUUUUAUUAAUAAUAACACCAAGUUUUUUUUUUCGAAAAAUACCUUCAAAGAUUACCCUGUCUAUUUUUUGAUUUAUUUUUACUCCGGCAUUCACUUCGAGCCCGGCAUCCACAUUUCGCUGCAGAACGACCGGGAGGUCUACAACUCCUCCUACGAGCGCACCAGGAUUCCGCCCUCCUUCCGCCAGGUGCCCGAGGAUUAA